AUGCCAGUGUUUCAUGGAUUCACCGUCUUCCAAAGAUCCGAAAAUGCGCUCGACUUCGCUAUCGGGCCGCGAAUUUCUCUUGAUUGGAUGUACGAGGCCGAAAAUGCCUUAAGUAUUCAGCGCCUUGAAUGCAGUCAACGAAAUAAUGGUCUCAAAGCUCUGGAUUUGGGAUUCAUUGAUCGAUAUCAUACCAGCCGACAUGAAGCAUGCCAGUGUUUCACGGAUUCACUGUCUUCCAAAGAUCCGAAAAUGCGCUCGACUUCGCUAUCGGGCCGCGAAUUUCUCUUGAUUGGAUGUACAAGGCAGAAAAUGCUUCAGGUAUUCAGUGCCUUGAAUGCAUACAACGAAACAAUGGUCUCAAAGCUCUGGAUUUGA